AUGCAGUCCGCUGUGGCCGCCAUGCAGCGCUUCUACGGCAUUCCCGUGACGGGAAUACUGGACGAGACUACUAUAGAGUGGAUGAGGAGACCUCGCUGUGGCGUUCCAGAUCAUCCUCACACCAGCCGCCGUCAGAGGAAUAAACGCUAUGCACUGACGGGACAGAAGUGGAGGGAUAAAAAGAUCUCCUACAGCAUUUCUAACGUCACCCCUAAAGUGGGAGAGAAGGACACUCAGAGAGCGAUCCGACAAGCCUUCAACGUGUGGCAGACCGUCACUCCGCUCUCCUUCCAG